AUGCCAGAUGUGGAUACGCGAGUGCGCCGACUUCUCGAGCGAGUGGAACACCGCGAUCUAGAAACAUUAUUUCGGAAAAGCGUGAAGCAAAGCAACUGGCAGAUGCACGAGCGAUGGAUUCAGCAGAAAACUCCAGAAUUGGAGAUAGCAGGAGCUCUCUCAAUCAUGAACAGACACAUCCUGGCGAACAUAACAUCACUGGACCGCUUUGAUAUUGCAAACUUGAUUGACAAGGGAACAUUCGGAACAGUAUUCAAAGCGUGGGAUAACAAGUGGCAACAUUACAUUGCUCUCAAGGUUGUUCGUCGGGUACCUGUCUACGUUCAAGAUGCUGAGUAUGAAGUCGCGGUCCUUGACAAACUUGCCACAUUCGACCGCUCGGGGAGGUUUUGUGUCAAGUUAUACAAAUACUUCCAUUAUCAUGGGCACCUCUGCAUCGUGACCGAAAUUCUUGGAAAUAGCUUGUAUCAUGCCUUGAAGAAGAUGAGACAUGAAGGGCGAGCGCCUAGGAUGUCAGUGAUCUGGCAAGUAGCAAGACAGCUUUGCGAGGCUCUUGCAUUCUUGCGGACUAUCCGCCUCAUCCACACGGACUUGAAGACAGAGAACAUCCUCCUUGGCUCAGAGGCCAUGACGCUGGAUGAUGCUUCUGUGUCGAUCAAGCUGAUCGAUUUCGGCGGAGCGACAUGGGAGAUGGACCAUCACAGUGAGCUGAUUCAAACGAGACACUACAGGGCCCCCGAGGUCAUCCUGGGUCUGAGUUGGAAUUUCCCCUGUGACAUGUGGAGCGUCGGUUGCAUCCUCCUGGAGCUGUAUGAGGGCCAACUCACGUUCAACACUCACGACACCCUCCAGCACCUGGCCAUGAUCCAAAGGGUCGCGGGUCGCAUUCCCUGCCACAUGGUCCGGCGGAUCCCGCUCGGCAACAGUGUGGCAGAAAUGUUUGACGGGGGUCAGAAAUUGAACUGGCCGAUGAUGGCACAGUCGCAGGCGCAGCGUGAAUCAGUAAUGCGAGUGUGGCCGUUGAGCGAUCGCAUCCUACCGGAGCACAGAGACUUCCGGGAUCUCGUGUCGCACAUGCUGGAGAUUGAUCCAAUGCUGCGCAUCACACCGGAGGAAGCGCUGCAGCACCCUUUCUUCUACGACAUCCGCGCUUACCAUCCUGACAACUUCUUCUGCAAUCGGAUUUGA